GGGCGGGGCUGGCGAGGCCGAGCCGGGAGGGCGCCGGACCGUCGGGGCGGGAGGACGCGGCCGAGAGAUCGGGGCAGCCCCCCUCUUGCCGUCCGGCAGUCGGGACCCGCUGGGAGGAUCGGAAAGUUUGCAGAGGGCCAAGGACUUGGAGACAGCACAGGGACAGAGGAAGCGGCGGGGAAGCAGGAAGAGGGAGAGACAGGGAGCGAUACCCGGGGCUGAAGAGCAAGUGAGAGCUAGCCGCCCGGGGAGGCAGAAAGACUGCACAACUCCGAAUUCCGAGGCGGAGAGACAGAGGAAAGCGACCGCGGGCAGAGACGCGCCGAGGCGGAGGCGGAAGCUUCGGCCCGCGGAGACGCAGGCACCCGCAGAGAACGCUUCGGAUCCGUCACGGUUUUGCCUCAUUUGGAAGAUAUUACUUCGCCCCUGAAAAAAAAUAAAUACAAAAAAGCAGGCGGAUGCUGCCAUGCAGCACUACGGGGUGAACGGCUACUCGCUGCACGCCAUGAACUCGCUCAGCGCCAUGUACAACCUGCACCAGCAGGCAGCCCAGCAGGCCCAGCACGCCCCCGACUACCGGCCUUCGGUGCACGCGCUCACGCUGGCUGAACGCCUGGCUGGCUGUACAUUUCAAGACAUCAUCUUGGAGGCCCGCUAUGGCUCCCAGCACCGCAAACAGCGUCGCAGCCGCACGGCGUUCACGGCUCAGCAGCUCGAGGCCCUGGAAAAGACCUUCCAGAAGACUCACUACCCGGAUGUGGUGAUGCGCGAGAGGCUGGCCAUGUGCACCAACCUGCCUGAGGCCCGGGUGCAGGUGUGGUUCAAGAACCGCAGGGCCAAGUUCCGGAAGAAGCAGCGCAGUCUGCAGAAAGAGCAGCUGCAGAAACAGAAGGAGGCUGAGGGCUCCCACGGGGAGGGCAAGACCGAAGCCCCGACCCCAGACACCCAGCUGGAGACUGAGCAGCCCCCCAGUCUGCCCAGUGGUGACCCCCCUGCUGAGCUCCACCUGAGCCUGUCCGAGCAGUCGGCCAGUGAGUCAGCCCCCGAGGAUCAGCCCGACCGUGAGGAGGACCCCCGGGCAGGGGCUGAGGACCCCAAAGCUGAGAAGAGCCCUGGGGCUGAGGGCAAGGCGCUGGGCUGCAAGAGGGGCAGCCCCAAGGCAGAUUCCCCAGGCAGCCUGGCCCUAGCGCCUGCAGCCCCAGGGGGCAGCCUCCUGGGCCCCUCCCACUCCUACUCCUCGUCCCCGCUGAGCCUCUUCCGCCUGCAGGAGCAAUUCCGCCAGCACAUGGCGGCCACCAACAACCUGGUGCACUACUCAUCCUUCGAAGUGGGGGGCCCAGCCCCUGCUGCCGCAGCUGCCGCUGCUGCUGUGCCCUACCUGGGCGUCAACAUGGCCCCCCUGGGCUCUCUGCACUGCCAGUCCUACUACCAGUCUCUGUCAGCAGCCGCUGCUGCCCACCAGGGUGUGUGGGGGUCCCCACUGCUGCCUGCACCCCCCGCAGGCCUGGCACCUGCCUCCGCUGCCCUGAACAGUAAAACCACAAGCAUUGAGAACCUGCGGCUCCGGGCCAAGCAGCACGCAGCCUCCCUGGGACUCGAUACGCUGCCCAACUGACUGUCUGGCCUUCAACCCAGCCAGGGUUCCUGGGUGCCCCCUCCCAGCCCCAUGGUUAUCCCCAGACGGCUCUCAAGGAGUUAACUCUGUGAGCCCAGGGAUCCUGCGCCCUGGCAUCCUGUUCCCUGUUCCCCUUCUCCAGCCCCAGCCCGAGGGGGCACCCACACCUACACACCCUCUGCAUGGCCCUGCCUGGACCCCAUGGAAGCUGAAUGGGGAGGAGGUGAGAGGCUGGGGUGCCCCAGCUUCCCUUUGGGAGGCGAGAGGCUAUCACUGGCUAGAUCCCCACCUCAAUAGACCUUCUCCCUUCUUUCCCUCCCCUUCUGCCCCUAGUCAGUCGAUGUGUGGAAUGUGACAUAUAAAUAUAAAUAUAUAAAGCUAUAUUUUCAGGCACCUGCCUGCCCCAGGUCCCCUGCCCUGCACUCAUCUCUUCUCCGCUGCCACCCUUGCCUCCACCUCCAGCCUCUGCAGCUCACUCCAGCCUUCUCUCUCCCUGACUCCAUCUCCUUUCCUCCCUCCCUCCAUCUCCCUCUCCCUGCCUGGGUCCGUCAGGCCCUCUCUGCCCAACCUCUGCCUUUCUCUGUGACUCUUCCCUGACCCCUGGUUUCUUCCUUUGGUGCUGACUGUGUUGUGUCAUCAGUUCCUAAGCUAUGUUUUGUUUGGAGUUGUGGCUGUUUGGGUUUUAGUAAUUUUGCUUCUUCUUGUUCCUCUCCUUCUCUUCCCUCCCUGCUUCGUCCCUGCCUGCCUGUCUCUCCCCGCCUGCACCCUCUCCAGACCCCCCUGCUCCUUCCCAGGCUCUAGGGGCAGCAAGGCCCUAGCUGGAGACCCUGUGGCUCAGGAGCUGCAGGCAGGAAGUGGCACUGGCCCCUGCACCCACCCUCCCCCAGGCCUGACACCCAGAAGGAGUCAUGGGUCACUUUCUCUUCUCUCUGCUCAGUGUCGAGGUCCCAGUUCCCUGGAUUGAGGCGGCGAUAGUCAAGCUGGGGCAGGUGGUAGAAUGGGCAGCAUCCCUGCCUGUAAGUCCUCCCAGGACAGUGGUCUGGUGUCAGCAUUCACCCAGGACUGACCACAGGGCUCUGGAGCUGUCUUUGGGGAGACGUCCCUGGUGGGAAGGAGGCAGCAGGGGGAGUGGGGCCUCAGAGAGAACAGGGGUGGCGCUGCUCUCCCACACCCAGACUCCAGGCUCCACAGGUGCUGUCCUCCCAGGAGUGCGCCUGAGCCAGGCACCCAGGCUGAACUCUGGCUCCUGGUCUCGGUGAGUGCAAACCAUACAGAGCACACAGGCUCAGGCUGCUGGCGGCUUCCCGGAGCCAAUUGUUGAAAUAAGGGCUUUUGUCCAGCUAGUCUCUGGGACGGAAAGGUGUGUUUCCCUGGCCAGGAAACCCAGCUCAGAAACUCCCUUUCAAAGCUGUGUGACCUUGAGCAAACCUGUAGCCUCUCUGGGCCCAUUUCCCCGGCUGGGUUAGAUGGCCUGUGAGGCCCUGUCCAGCUCUACAUUCUCCCUUCUGUGCUCACAACCUUGCAAGUCAGAAGUUUUUAGUUAAAUUGACAACAACAACAACAAAGCUCUCGGAAGCAGCAUGUAUAAUUAGAAAAUUACUAUUGGCUUGCUGUGGAUUAAGAGGCAUUGUAUGUGUAAGCGUCUCUGUGGACCUUGCCUCGGUUUCCCCAUAAGUAUGAUGGUCCCCUUGUAGUUCAGACAAUCUGGAUUUGAUACUGCUUUUCUUGAGUUCCAGUGCCAGCUUCCGGGUCAUCUCAUUCCCAUGCCUUCACAUGGUCUCAGGCGCUCCGGGCAGAGGGAGGAGGACAAUUUGGACAGAUUCCUGUCCUGGGGUUGAUCCCCAACCCCUUGUGUCUCUCCAGUGAACACUCCAACCCCCACCAAAGCAGCUGAUCUGAAAUCCAGGAUAAGGAUUCCUAUGGCUCGCUUCCUGUCCCAGCGGGAAGAGAGGUUCUCUUGGUGCCCUAGUAGGAUAGGUUUGCAGGAUAGUCAGCAUCCAUCAUCCCUGCAGGGGGGUCAGUCUGGGCUGGGGCAGGUGCAAAAAGCUUUGGACAGGAAUAAGGUGAGGGGGAUGUUAGCUGGAGCCAGGAAACCUGUGAACAAAUCAGUGGAGACGAUAAGUGGACCACAGGGAAGGGGGUGGCCAGCUCCAUGAGAGACAGGGUCGUGAGGCCUGGAAUCCAGGCUAAAGACCUCACCUCCACAUGGCAAGUACCAUGACAGGCAGCUGAAGGUUUCAAGACACCCCUGAGGUGUCUUGCUGAGGUCUGGAAUUUGGGAGGUGCAUGUAAGAGCCAUGGCAUCAUCAUCAGAGGAGAGACUUAGACAGGGGUCUGGGAGGUUGGCACAGACUCCAGGAGAGAUGGAAGGGGUUCCGAGGCCCAUGGCGCAGCGACUGUCCUCUGGGAUCAGACCCCAGGAAGUUCUGUUUCUAAAACAACAACAACAAAAUCUCAUCUGGCCCAGGCACGGGAAGCCGAAGCUUUUUGUCUGUCCCUGGCUGUGAGUGACUGUCACUGGGCCUUGAAAUCCAAUAGCCCUGGAUAUUACCACCUCCUCCAGGAACCCUCCCCUGACCUCCUAAGGGGCAAGUCCAUCUAGAAUCAUGCUGUGACAUGGCAGGAGCCAGGCCCACCUUAGGCUCAGCCCAGCUUCCCUCAGAUACUUUCCCCAUUCAACUGACCCAAAUCCACAAGCCCAGAGAAGGCAGGGAAGGUGUAUGUGGUCCCUGCCCUGGGGCAGCUCUCAAGCCAGUUUAGGGCACCAGCCUCAGGGACUGAGGACAGUCGGAAGGCAGGGGAGAGCUGCUUGUAGGCAGCACUAAGCAUCUCCUCGGGAGGCAGAGGGUGUGGGCUUGGUGGGCCCGCCUCACCUGACACUGAGGCCUGCUGGCCACCCCAUGGGCCGAGAGCCUGGGCGCAAGCUGUGGCCGUUCCCUCCAGGAAAGCCUCUUGCCUGGCCUCUCCCUCCUAUUUGAGGUUUCCUUUCCCUGCUUCUUCACUCCCCCAGAGCAUGGUUCCGGGGCCUGUGUCCCCACCCCACCUCUGAGACUGCUUUCCGAACCAGCCGUUUUGUGACCAUUUGUGCUUAGAGGUCGUGCCAGCCCGUGGCAAAAACACUGUGUACUGUAUUUAUUUAUUCUGUUAGUUGAAAAAACAAGACUCAAAUCACCCUCUCCCCACCACCGUGUAGUGCAGCAUGAUGCUCUGUGUAUUUGUCUGUCUGUCGGUCUUACUUCCUGUGACGUGACCUGUUCUUUGUCCUAUUUGGCUAAUAAAGGAGAACCCAGCAGCACA